CGGCGUGCCUCAGGAAGGGCGCCAGGACUGCGUUUUGCUCCCGGAGCUUCCAGGGUCCUGACCCUGAGCGAGAGUCGCAGUCGCUGAGGCUGAGCGUCAGGCAGGUAGAAGGUGCUCUUCUUGGGCUUCACAGGGAACCCAGGGGCUUCGGCCCAACCACGAGUACGCAGGCGGAUCGCCCUGGCCCUCACUCCUGGCCUCCGCGUCUCUGCCGUAGCCGAUGCUGACUGCGCGGCCGGUCCCGGGCCUGGUCUUCGUGGCUGGCCGCGUCUGUUUGUCCCAGGGCAGCGCGGGAUCCGGGGCCAUGGGUCCCGUGGAGGCCGCCAUUCGCACGAAGUUGGAGCAGGCCCUGAGCCCUGAGGUGCUGGAGCUUCGCAACGAGAGCGGUGGCCACGCGGUUCCGCCUGGCAGUGAGACGCACUUCCGCGUGGCCGUGGUGAGCUCUCGUUUCGAGGGGCUUAGCCCCCUACAACGACACCGGCUUGUCCACGCGGCGCUGGCCGAGGAGCUGGCUGGGCCAGUCCAUGCGCUGGCCAUCCAGGCGCGGACCCCCGCACAGUGGAGAGAGAACCCUCAGCUGGACGCUAGCCCCCCCUGCCUGGGUGGGAACAAGAAGACUCGAGGAACCCCCUGAACCCCAAGAGAGGAGGGGAGGACCGGGAUCCUAAUGGGCCGGGUGAGCACGAACUGCUGACGCCUUCCCCUUGAUACAGUCCAGGAUUUGUACGGGAUGAAGACCCCUGGGCCUCGUUCUCUUGGGGUCCAAACAUAUUCUUAGAAGAUAGCAACUUGUUUCAGGUCAAAGUGAACCCGAGGAAAGCAGAGCAUCACUCACUGCUGCUCUUGCCCUGGACUGUUCAGGAAGGGCAGGCAGUCCGGGUGGUCCAUGUUACAUCGUGAUAGAACUGCACCAGACCUGAGGAGCUGGAAACAAUCCUAUACAUUAAAAGAGAAAUUACACUGUGA